AUGAAUAAUCUCACUAAUUCACAAUUACUCCAGGAAAUUCAAAAAAGACUAAACACCAAUAAAAUUGGCUUUUGGAUCGAAAACCAAGACUGUUAUUUAUGGGAAAACACUUUCCAUUACACUAAUAAGAUAAAAGUAGGUGAUUUAUCCCAAACCAAAGAGAACUAUUUUGCUAAGUUUAUUAAAGAAUUAGAAAAGGUCGCUAAAGAACGCCAAGAAAGAGGAAAUUUUUUAAACACUAAAUUUCAAGAAAUCUCGGAUGUGGAAUUAAUUAAUGAACUAAAAAAAAGAACCCAAAGCCAAGCCAUCAAACUGAGUAUGUAUCCUAAUCACCAACAUAUUUUUAUUGAAGGCAAAGAUAUAAAGUGUGAAACUAUCACUCCCUUACCAAUUGAAAUUAAAGAAAAACAAAUCGAAAGCAAAUUAGAUAAAUUAUCAGAAUUAUUAGACGAAAUUGAAGAAGUUAGAGUAAUCAACUCUGAUGAUCCUGAUACUUGA